AUGGCACUCGCUUUUAGCGAUGUUCCCUCGGGUGCGAAAAUCACUCCAACUCCCUUUCAAGUCCACGUCUCGGACGAACAGAUCGAGGAGCUGCAGUUAUUAGUGAAGCUAUCGAAGGUUGCCCCUCCCACUUACGAAGGCCUGCAGCAGGAUCGUAAAUAUGGCAUCACCAAUGAAUGGCUUGCCACUGCCAAAGAGGCUUGGAAGGAUUUCGACUGGCGAUCUGCGGAAAACCAUAUCAACAGUUGGCCUCAAUUCACGUAUGAUAUUGAAGGCAUAACCAUCCACUUCGUGGCUCUCUUUUCCAAGAAGGAUGCAAUCCCUAUUGUUCUCAUCCAUGGCUGGCCAGGCAAUUUUCUUGAGUUUCUCCCAAUGCUGUCGCUCAUCCGAGCGAAAUAUAGCCCUGAAGACUUGCCAUACCAUUUCGUGAUACCCUCGCUUCCAGGGUUCACGUUCUCGUCUGGUCCUCCAUUAGACACGGAUUUUGCUGGCCAUGACACAGCCAGGGUCAUCAACCAGGUGAUGCUCAACCUUGGGUUCGAUGGUGGUUAUGUGGCACAAGGCGGUGACAUUGGGUCAAAGAUCAGUCGCAUACUUGCAGUCGAUUAUGACGCUUGCAAAGCUGUUCAUCUGAAUGCCUGCUUGAUGGGCAAGCCGCCCAAUGUACCGGACACAGCCAUCACUGAAGCAGAAACACAAAGGCUAGCUCGCGCACAGUGGUUCGCUACCUAUGGCUUAGGAUAUGCUGUAGAGCAAGGCACUCGACCCAGCACAAUUGGCAAUGUGUUAUCAACAAACCCGGUUGCUCUGCUCUCCUGGGUUGGAGAAAAGUUCCUCGACUGGGCUGAUGAGCCCAUCCCCUUGGAAACUAUCAUCGAAUCGGUGACUCUGUACUGGUUUACCGAGACGCUUCCUCGAUCUAUCUACCACUACCGGGAGAACUUUCCGCCGCCCGAGGUUAGGCAUGCCGAAGAUCCCCGAUGGUACAUCCGCAAGCCGUUUGGAUUCUCUUAUUUCCCGAAGGAGCUUAUACCUGCACCACGCGCUUGGAUUGAGACAACGGGCGACCUGGUGUUCUGGAGGGCACAUGAGAAGGGAGGACAUUUUGCAGCGCUGGAAAGACCGCAGGAGAUGCUUGAUGAUUUGACCGCGUUCUGUGAACAGGUAUGGACAGAAGGAAAAUAA